CGCGUUGUUUACUGUCGGGCGUCAGUUUGACAGCGGUUUUGGCGGGAAACGCCCGUCACUUCGAUCGGCCGCCAGUCUCGCGCCGUCGACCGUUGCGUACGCAUUGCGCUCGCUCUACCCGCCCAUGCGGCAACAUUACGCGAGAUUUAUCACCAAAAACGUACCCACGCUUUACAAACUGCCGAUGGAUGUUGUUCAGUGAUCUGUGUACACAAAAACAAUUACAAUAACAAAGUGCCUUGUAACAUAUAGCAAACUCGCUGUUUUACAAAUGCGAUGUGAUUUGGAAUAAAAACACGCGGAUGGUCGAAACGCGUGCAGCAUCUUUUUAAAGAUUAUGGUUUUUAUUAAUAGUUCAUUGCGUAUGUUGGUUUAAACCACGCCACGACACCAUUUGUCCCAGAAAACGGCAUUGUUUACGCGAAGCCAUAGAAAUACGUCCCUGACUGAAAUAAACUUGCAUAGCAAAAUGAUGUGGCCAUCAUCGCAGGCGAGUAAGGUCCUCACGGUGUUGUUAUUCUCCGGUUUAGUGUACUGCAUAUGCAUGGAUACGUUCCUGUUUCUCAGAAUACAGAAUUAUAGAAUCGAUGCAUUCGAAAACAUUACGGGGAAUUUACGCACGACAACAACAACCGCAAAGAGUUCAAUCCGACCGAAUUACGAAGAUGUCACCUGGAUACCGUGCAGUAUAAACCCGCUGUGCCACCCCACCGUGAAGGCGUUAAUGGUUGAUCACAUAAACCAUUUUAUUUACGGCCCUUUGUGUGCCAUUGUGGAUAUAGGGUUGGACAUAUCGGAUAGAAUGUUGUUUAUAACGCCAAACAUGAUCUCGUUCUUUCACGUUUUCGUGGCAUUCCUCGGCGCGAAACUUCUUACCUGUCAGAGCUUAGCUGCAAGACGAUUUGGCAUAGUUCUAUUCCAGUUAAGAAUGUUCCUCGACGAUCUAGAUGGUCAUGUUGCUAGAGAAAGGAAGCACAUAAAAGGAGAGAGGUCCGAAGUCGGCACACUAGGGUAUUGGGUGGAUGGAAUAUGCGAUCUCAUCGGCGUAGUGGCCAUGAUGAUUGGGAUAUUAAUCUAUUUGAAAAACAACCCACCAAGACGAGGUUAUAAAGGGACACCAGUCAGCACGCUUCCUUACCACCAGCUCAAAGAGAUCAACUCCACAGAGGACAUAGAAAAAGAUCAUCAAGACAACGGCAUAUCGUACAAAACUAAAGUCCCUUUCCAAAGGAUAGUACAAGUUGUUGGCUUAUUUUCUGGACAGAUGGUGCUGUCUUCUCUAUCUUGGAACAGGUAUAUAGACAUCUACCAAGAGUUGUUGGAGAACUGCACGGAAUACGACGUGGUACGGCGCGAGACGAUCUUCAAAUCUGGCGUGUUUUUCUCGGCUACCGGUCUUUGGAGGAUCGUGAACCCCCACAGUUACCUCCAUGCGUUAUCUCUUGCUGUUUUCUGCGAUAAAACCUGGUGUUUCCUCAAGGCCGUCCAUUUUACGGGGUACCUUUUCCUCGCAGCUGCAGUGGGGGUUUCGGAGUAUUUAGUGGAGAAUUUGAAGUCGUAUGUGAUGGAUGGUGAUGGUCGAUGAUCAUUGUUCCGAGCUACCAGGGUAUGAAUAACCUAGGUUGGGGGUGAAUGAUCCCUCAUUGCAGGAGGAAUAGCCCAAAUAUGCUAAGUCUUGGUACUUUAAAACCUACCGACAAUAAGUGUUGGAUUGCCUUCAUAAAUGAGCGGUCUUCGUUUUUGGGUAACUCAGCCCGCAUCUAUCCAUCAUUCAGGCGUCCUGCACUACGCCUUGGCGUGAUCUCCUCAAGUCUAGAUAAUAAUCAGAUCGCUAGUGAUAUUAGUGACUUUGUAAAGACUUAAUAGUGUUGAGGUUCGUAUACGCAUGAACUUGAUCGGUUGUAAAGCUAAAUUUAAGCGACAUUUAUUUAUCGAAAAGUUUUGCUCGUUGCAAACAAAGAAAACUGCGCUGAUUCCAGAUAUGUAUAAGACUCAAUAUCCCAAAAAAUGAUGCUUACGAUGAGCCUUUCAACCAUCGAAUUAUCGAUUAAAGUAUCGAUAGUUUAAAAUUAUGUUUAUGUACACUGUCUAAUAGUUUCAUACCAAAAAUGUAAACAAAUAUCUAUUUCAAUUAAUAGCUUUCGCUAGCAACUCCACCCGAGUCACAUUCCCACAUAAACAAAAAAAUAGCAUUGAGAAAUAAUGUACCUUCAUAUUAUCAUAUUAGUACCUUCAGGUAUAAGCCGCGGACAGCGCUGGGCUCCCAUGCGCCCGAAUUUAAUUGUAAAAUAGAUAAAAUCGAUCAGGAUUAUGAAAAUAACACACCAGGACCCUUAUUCUGUAUGAUAGUGUAAACGUGUAACGCGGCCGUGUCAUGUUAUCUUCGAGAAAUGUGCGUGGAAUGGCAUUCUGUAAGCCAAAUUUCUAUAGUCCUAAACAUGAUGCGUUGUGUUAAGUGCUUGUUACGCACUGUUAAAUAACAUGCGGGAUAGAGAAUAAGGCCCCAGGACCUCGAUUCCCUAUCUCACACGUUAUUUUGACAGUUCGUAACACACACGUAACGCGCCCCAUCGCGUUUAAGACAAUUGAAAUUAGCACAAUGUCAUUCCAUGCUAUUUACACGAAUAUAACGUACUAUCGCGUUACAUUACACUGUCAUCUAUACUAUUAUAAAGAGCAAAUGUGUGUAACUAUGUUUGCGGGGGAUAAACUCUGGAACUACUGAACCGAUUUAGAUAAUUCUUUCACUGAUAGGAAGCUACAUUACUCCUAAGUGCUAUAGGCUAAUUUUUAUCCCAGAAAAUGCUAUCAUGCGGACGGAGUUGCAGGCAAAAGCUAGUAUCUAAUAGUCUUCUUUUUAACAUUUUCUAUAAGACAAUAUAAAAUUGCCUCAAUUAGCUAUUAAAUAUAUUUAUUAAGUACAGAUAUUUGGUUACAUUUUUGGUACAAAGCUUAUGAAUAAAUAACAUCGGUUACAGUAACAAUUGUUCCUAUUAUAUUUUUCCAAACAAGGUAAACAGUUAUAUAAUAUUUAUCUGUGAGCUGUCAGAAUUAUCCGAAAAUUCGUCCUAUAGUGCAUUUUUGUAUAAAAAAAUAAUAUAAAAUCGACAUCGGUUUUCUUACUUUGCUACCAAUAAAAAUACGGUAAAAUAUUUAUUUGUAUCAUUGACGUCGUAUAAUAAUCAGUAAAUACAAGUAAUGAACUUAAAUAAUUUAUUCAAAUUAACGAAAUAUUAAAAAUUAUAUAAAUUUCGUAAAUUUUUAAUUUCAAGAACAAGCAAAAAACUCGGGUAUUUCUCUUUUCUGAAUCGGUUGAAAUGUAUAAAUUAGGUGCAGUACAUUAUAAAACAGAACGGUUAUGUUGGUUUCACCGGUCUUACAGCCUAAUGUCAACACUCGGGAAUAUAGCAUCAUCCGAGCGAGCAUAAGACCAAGUCCCUAACUCCUGUAUACCUCACAGCUACAUAGCAACCAAAACCCACGGCCUUCUUCGGCGCAUACGGGACGUCCGCUGGGUAAAAGCAGAAGUUAGCCUGCUUUGAUGAUUAGAUAAUUUUUUUUUUGUUGAGUCAACUUCUGCGAAUUUGUUGCUAAAUUAAACUGAGCUUUAUAGUCAGCGCAUACGGUAGCUUUUGUCAUCGUGACGAUGAUUAUCGCACUCUCAUGAAACGUCAUUAACCGGUGCUUGAAACAAAAGAGGAUUACCUUUCGGAUUCAAUAUUUUGCACCGCAAAUAAUUAAAUUUAAAUACUGAUAAUAACUUUACUUGAUUUACUGUUUUAUCGUUUGCUAUGUACAAUUUGUCAGUGUCAAAACAUUUGAUUAUUUUAAUUGAAUAAUGUUGGUAGGAUAUAUUUUAUAUUCGCCCGGAUUCCGAUCAUCUCAAGGUGUUAAAACCGCCAUAGUAACUUUAAGAGUGUCGCGUUCCGGGAUCAGCUUGGAUAUAUCCGGUACCAACAGGCAUAAUUGUGUCGACUGUAGAGGGUGUAAUCAUCUCUCGUCAGUCAAUCUAUUGGACGUCACUCCACUUACCAUCAGGUGCUGAGAGGUCAUUUGGCCGUGCACUCAUAAAAAAAUAUAUGUUUGAAUUGUAUGUGAACAAGCUGAUUAAUACGUUGCGUUUAUUUUUAAACGACGCGGUGUUCAAUUUAUAUCGUCUAACUAUUUUAAAUAAAUCUAAACUUUCACCAUAAUGUACUUAUCCUGCUCAGUAUAAAAUAAGCAUUCUUAACCAUAUUUACAUUUUAUAAAAAUUGUUCCAAAGAAUUAAACAGCCUUCAAAAACCACUAAAAAAAUAUUUAGCCUAUAUAUUUUUGUAUCGAAUUUUGGAGUCAAUGCCUUAUUAAAAUUAAACAUUGUAUUGAAUAUUUGUUUGCGUAUUCAUCUAAAUUGCUAACUAGUGUGAUAAAAGUGAAGAGAUUUUACACUGCUUAGAUAUAAUGCUUUCUUAUGUUUAAGCGAAUGUUACACAUUAAACUGAAACACGGUUUCCGUCCCCCCGUGACCACGAAGGCUGCAAAGUCUUCGAAACUUCGGGAGAAAAUUAUAAUAUAAACCGUGAUAAAAUUACAAAAUUUAUUUCACUGUUUGGAUAAUUAAAAUCCGCCUCUAAAUAAACAUAAAUAAAUUUUUAACGAUAAUGCUAAAACCAGUCAAAAACUUGUUUUAGUAAUAAAAUACCGGAUUUCGAGAUAUUCUCUUAGCAACACGAAAUGUCAAUGUAAUUAUUUUUUUUUAAACAACUUUAGCAACUUGAUUGACUUGGGACCACUUCGCUUACCAUCAGGUUCAGUGGGACAGCUUGUAUAAUUAUUAUAAAACAAAGUUCCCUUUCCUCUUUGUCUGUAUGUUAUCGAUUUUCUCAAUAUCUACUGAACGGAUUUUUAUGAAUUUUGGUAUGGAGAUAGUUUAAGACCCUGGGAAGGUUAUAGGCUACUUCUAUCCCGGGAAAAUAUAUAGCGGGACUUUUAUCCCGCAAAACUCCUUCACGAGGGCGAAGCCGCGUGCAAAAGCUAGUGUAUUAUUAAACUUGAAUGCAACAUUGUACAUUGUAGGCGGAAGAAAUAAACAAGUUCAGAGACCACUACAUCGCUUAUGGGGAGAAUUCGUUUUUUAGCAAUUACGCGCGUUGAAAUAGGACUGCUUCGAUAGCAGUAAAAGGUUCAAUAGAUCCACUAUUUACCCAAAGGUAUCCUUCGAUAAAACGCCUGUUAUUCCAAAAAGACGGUUUGGCCCUGUAAAAGGAGAAGAACCCUGACCUUGCCUACAAAAUGUGUUGCGAUUUGCGAAUGCGGGUACUAACCUAUAUGCAUCGAUGUAUAUGUACUACGUACUAGAUUUGUCGUUCCCAACAUUCAUUGUGUUCAACUAAAUUGAACUGCAAUCCAUUCAAACUGAUUUUAGUAUGGUGUCAAUAUUGAUGCUUGUGGUUGUUUACGGAAUGGCACUCAUAAUAUAAAAACGCGAGUCUAACUGUAAACCUGGAUUUGAAUAAAAAAUAUUAGCCAAAUAAGUAAAACUAUUUAUUGUUCAAGUGAAUAAAUAGGUUACAACAGUGACGUUUUGGUUGCCAUUUAGCUCAGAUUUUGAACAAAUAGUUUUUAUGUUCGUGCCUAUAGAAUAUACGUCUAUACCUAUUUGCUAUUAUCAAAUAUGCAGUUUCAAACAAGCCGGCAUAAUUGUGUCGACUGAUGACGGACAAUCAUCUCUAGUCGAUGCUCUAUAGUCUAUGCGGAGGACACUUCAUUUACGUUUUUUUUAUUAGCAUUUUAUUGCAGUGUUCGUAAUGAUAAUGUUUAUAUUGGUAGCAUUUUACAAUUGAUAAAGUUAAAAUAUAUUUUACAAUUUAAAAAGUUUACGAAUAUUGUUAACUCAUCGAGUUGUAGAAUAAAGAUAUAAUAUCGCGCAUUCGGCUGUGAAUAAUAAACUUUAUAGUUAAAGGCUUCUCGAGCAAACGGCUUUGAGUGAUUCGUUGCGUAGUAGGCGGUGUGAGCUAUAGGCGGGAAUAUGCAAGAAAGAAUACAGAUUAUCUCUUGAAAAAAAAAAACAAUUAUAGUUUUUUUUUUUUAUUUUGUAUUACAAAAAUAUUUAUUAAAUAGUCUAUAUAAUAGUGUUGGUUGUAAAUUAAAGUGAUGUUUACUUACAGGAGAUGCACGGAAUCAAAAUUAAUGACAAUUUCGCUAUGAAAUUAACGAAACAAUACGCACAUUAUUAAACAUUGGAACAACUAAAGUAAAGAUAAAAUAUUUCAUAAAUAUUUUUUUUUGCUUUAAUAUUAUAAAUUUGGAAGCUUCUAGCAAUUUGAUUCGUAAGGCAUUUAUUGAAAUCAAUUGAAGUCUUAUAAUAUAACGAGCUUUUGCUAAAGCUACGUCCACGGGGAAAAGAUUGUCCGGGAUAAACAUUUACUCGGGAUAAAAAGCCUAUAGUACUCAAGAAUAAUGUAGCUAUUAGUGAAAAAAAAUCAAUAUCAGCUUAGUAAUUCUUGAGAUUAGCGCGUUCAAACAAACCCUUCAGCUUUAUAUAUUACUAUAGAUACGAGAUAUCGUCGCUGAUUUGCCGAUUGUCUUUCUCAUCGAUCAAUGUGCAAUGUGAUCUGCCGAGUACUGUAUUUGUGUUUCCGUAAAUGUCGCAUCUUUUCUAGAUUUGUCACUCAAAGAUUUUUGUUUUAUUGUUCAUCCCAGAGUUGUAAAAUUAUAUAGACUGGACAUUGGGAAGAUUGUCAUACAAAAUGCGCUUAUGGUGCAGCCAAUAGUUUACUGGUAAUAAUAUAUUCAUGCUGUGACAGCCUGUAAUUAAAACAGCACUGCAGCAAUUACUUACUGUAAUGUUACAAAUAGUUUUGUUGGUUGUCCAAACAAAUAAAUAAAUAAAAUAAAAAAUUGCGCUCAUGCGAUGGUUACUCAAUCUGCCACGAAAUAGCAAAACAAUGUAAAAUACUUCAUAUUUUUUCUGAUGUCCAGUCUAUAGCUAACUAUAUGGGUUGAUCCACUAUUCUUACGUCGUUAUAUGACAUUGUGAUAAUCGAAUCUAUAGCUACAUACACAAGGCACAAAGUCCAAUCGCAAACUCCGAAUGAAAUUUUGCGAAAAGUUCACAAAAGUUUCUGAGAAUUCCCGAUUAUAUGAAGAGUUUAUCGACAUAACCGUAGAUUAUAUUGAUAUAUUUACACAAUUUCGCGAUAACUGCAUUAAUCUUUAUAAGAAUAAAUACAGUGACUAUCUGUUCAUCUAUUAAGUCAUAUAUUUUUAUCAAAAUGUAUUUGAUAUUACUCACAACUUUACGUGAAAAGUGUUCCGGGAUUAAAGUCCCGUUUUACGUUUUCGCGGGAUAAAAAAUAGGCUGUAGCAUUCAGGAGUAAUGUAGCUUACUGUUAGUGAAAAUAUUUCAAAAUCGGAUUAGUAAUUCCUGACAUAAGCGCAUUCAAACAAACCUCAGCUUUAUAUAUUUCUGCCACACUAUGCUUGUAAUUAUAGGUGUUAGCAGUCUAUAAAACCCAUCGAUAUAUAUGUACUACGUACUAGAUUUGUCGUUCCGAACAUUCACUGUGUUCAACUGAAUUGAACUGCAAUCCAUUCAAACUGAUUUUAGUAUGGUCAAUAAUCACAGCUUGUGGUUGUGUACGGAGUGGCGCUCAUGAUAUAAGAAUUCGAGAAGUGUAAACCUGAAUUUGAAUAAAAAAUAUUAGUCAAAUAUGUACAAUUAUCUAUUCAAGUGAAUAAAUAGGGUAUAACAGUGACGUUUUGGUUGCCAUUUUAAUUCAGAUUUUGCACAAAUAGUUUAUAGGGACGUUCGUGUCUAUAGAAUAUACGUCAAUAAUAAAACCAAAAACUAAACUUCGUUUCAUUUAGAUAUCACGAAGCGGGAAUCCAACCCGCUACCUGUAUGAAUGUGCAGACUCGUCACCGUUAGACAAGCGUUGCCUAAACCAGUUUCGAACGUAUAAGGUCGCGUGCUCGCGGUCCAAGGCUCAUUUUUUGUGCGCGCGUUAUACCAUUUGAAUUGACGGCGCUUUUUUCAAACUUGCCUUGAUAUGCUGUUAUAGGAUUGAUCUUUUUAUGGCGGCGUUUGAAGUAUUUGCUUAUACUAAAGGGCUCAAUGGGUAGACUCGUGAUGGGAUACUAGUUCGAUUCUUUAUUUGUAAUGUUUUGCUUUGAGGGUCGCCGGAGUCCGAUGGAUGAGGGCGGUCCAGAACCGGUCCCUGUGGCGCUCAAUGGGGGAGGACUAUGUAAAGCAGAGGACGAUUCCCGGCUGAAAUGAUGAAUGUUUUGUUCACGUCGCUUAAGAUUUUUCCUAAAUAAACUACUACUUUUGAUAGUUAUACACUGCAGAUUUCUUUAGCAAAAUAUUUUUGAGACUAACCACGUUCACACCCACUAGUAGAACUCCUGUAAGCCAGGAUCAGCAGUGGCAUUGUCUGACAUUGAGUGAUGAAGCUCGCCGAGUUUCAGGGAACACUAAUCUGUCUUUAUUCCGUAACGAAAUCAAGUAUAAAGAUAAGGAGAAGUGGGAAAUAUUAAUUCCACUUCAUAGCAAAGCGGAGACAAACUAAGGAGGCAUUCUAAUAUUUUAAACUAGCUUUUGAUCUAGGCUUCGUCCGCGUAAAUAAGUUUUCCAGUAUAAAAGUCCCGCUUUAAAUCCUAUAACCUUCCCAUGGUCCUAAACUAUCUCCAUACCAAAUUUCAUGAAAAUCCGUUCAGUAGAUUUUGAGAAAAUCGAUCACAUACAGACAGACAGAAAAUGGGACUUUGUUUUAUAAUAUGUAUAGAUAUAGAUUAGUAGAAAGUAGCUCCAAACUAUGCUUUGUAAGUUUAGGACGGUUAUAUAAUUGUGUAAGGAUGUAUCUCUUACCAACAGAAGAGCGGCUCAUUGUGUUGUUAGUUAAAAAAUAUGUACAGCCUUACUCAUUAACUCAAAACGUACCCGUGUGUAAAGAACAUUGUGUUUGCAAACUAGAACCGGUUCAACGCAUUCGCCAGUCUACCUACAUAAGUUAUAUCGGAGUUUUUAAACCAUUCCGUCAUCGCGCACGAGACAAGAAUAUUUUAAAGCCACAUAAAACAGUAGUGUGUCGGCUGACCGUAUACAGAGUCAUUUUGACAUUGCGUUACUAAAUGAAACCACAUACUCGUCUUCACCUUUGCUGACAUUGUUUCAAAAAUCAUCGAUUAAUAACUAAUAUUUUCACCGAAAAAUCCUGGUUUUAAUUUUCUGAUUUUUUUAUCAUUUUGUAGUUUACUGCGAAUAUGACGUGUGCGUGAGUGUAAUUCUGACUGAUAUUAUGAUGUAGCCGCUGCAACGAAUUUUCUUAGUGUAGUAGUAGUAGCUUUAGGGCGCGUAAAGUUAUAAUUCCUUUUUGUUAAUAUUUAUUUUGUUCGAAACUUACAGUUUUUUAUUUUACAUCUACAGCUCAAGUAUUUUAUUGUUAAGUGAUAUUGCCAAGUAGAUAAAUAUGUGGAUUCAUCUAAUAACACGAUGUCAAGAUGACCCUGUAUACAUGAAGUUCUUUUUGUUUAAGGAAAUAUAUUUGGAUUUCUUACUUCACGGAGAUUGAAGGCGGUGCGAAAAUGUAGGGGUAUAUCGCAGUGGUAAAAGGUGAAGUUUUCCAAAAGGGAGCCCGUCACAACAUAUACUAAUAGCCAUGAACGCGGUCUACAAAUCGUUCUAAUGAUAAUUAGAUUCUACAUAAAUACUACAAGAAGGGAAGGCAUUAGGAACUAGAUUGUAUGGACCGUUUGCCAGUGGUAUAUCACUACAUAGUAUAAAACAAAGCCGCUUUCUCUGUCCCUAUGUGUGCUUAAAUCUUUAAAACUACGCAACGGAUUUUGAUGCGGUUUUUUUUUUAAUAGAUAGAGUGAAUUAAGAGGAAGGUUUAUAUGUAUAAUAACAUCCAUUAAAUAAUGGAGAAAUACUGUUAUUUUGUUAUGUUAUACCCGUGCGAAGCCAGAGCGGGCCGCUAUGUUUUUAUAUACAACGUUCACAGUUUUUCUGUAGCAUUGCACCCGUGCGAAGCCGGGGCAGGUCGUUAGUCGUCUCUAUUUAUGUGUGAAAACAUUACCUCCUUUUGGAAAGUGGAGUGAAAUAUAAAAUUAAAUAGGAAUUAUUAUCAUUAACUUACCUAUGCUAACAUUCUAACUAAUUAUAAUUCUAAUGAUGUGUUUAUUUCCUUACUUUCUCUUAUAUAUUUUUAUACAAUUAAAAUGACGAGGACUUCGCUUGCAUAAUAAAAGCCAUGGCAACCCAUUAACAACACUACCUAAAACUGAAUCAUCAAACUUGCAUUGAACACGUCAUCAGAUAUUGUUUUUUUUUAUUUAUUUAUUAUAAGUUCUACAAAAAAGAUAACACAUAAACCAAUUACUGCUUAAAAUAAAAAUAAAAUAUGGUAUGAAACAAUGUGUAUCUUAUAUCUAAGACACAGCAUACAUUAAGUAUUUAAGAAAAAAAUUAAGUAAGAUAUAAUUUUUUUUUAAUUAAAUGCUCAGGAAUGUUACUUGGCGAUGGUGUUAAGUGUAAAGAAAAAUGUCCACUGGCAAAGGACGAAAGUCGUAAUGCCGACCCGAUAAUUGCUUCUGCACACUCAACUUGAAGGACGAAAUAAGUUUUUUUGUAUGCGUGCACGUCAAAGUGACCUCACUGCACCUGAUGGUAAGUGGGGUCCAAUAGAAUGUCGACUGACGAGAGAUGAUUACCCCUCGACAGUCGACACAAUUAUGCCGGCCUGUUGGAACCAGAUGUAUACAGGCUGAUCUCGAAACGUGACUAAUUAUGUGGGCUGCUCUGGCGGGUUUUAACAUCUGGUGUACAGUGGUCGCUAUCCAGGCGGUUAUAAAAUAUAUUCUACCAUCAGCAAAAGGGGUGGAACGUAUGCCGGUUAACUGUUCCACAACUUAAUGAUGCGACAAAAAUACCACAAUCACCUUUUGAUGCAGACCGGGAUAAAAUUAUUCAUCUCUCAAGAAGGCCAAAUGUUCAUGGGCUCCCUAGAUGCCGCAUAUAGAGUGGGGAGACCACGCGUCGCAGCGUGUCGCUAGUGUUAUUUUAAAAUACUUUUUUUAAAUUCAUAUAAAUUGUGGGACUUAAUUAUUGACAAAUAAAGGUCACAUUAAAAUGAGAGCAAACUAACUCGAUUAUCUAAGUGAAAUUUUGCAAAUACAUUUAAAGCUCGUAGAGAGAAAGUGUAAACUGGAUUGUAGUUGGAUCGGUUCUAUCUAGUUCUUUGUGUUGGCCUACUAACAUUAAGACUGCCUCUUAAAUUGGAUUUAAUUGUAAUUAAAAAGAAAGACCCUCGCCGCGUCUGUCUGAAUGUGAUAAACUCAAAAAUUAACGAACGGAUUUUCUUACUGCUUUUACCAAUGAACGGAUUGAUUCGAAUAGAGCGUUUGUAUUAUUUAAUGUAUUAAUGACAGACAUUCAUUUAGCCCAUUAUACAUACGUAUUGCGAGCGUGGUCCACCGCUAGAAGAUCCUGGGUUCGAAACCCUGAUCGGGCAGUGAUGUUUUUGUGUUAAAUAUCCGCCCAGAGUCUGGAAUUAGUUGCCUCACAUGGGGAUAGGUCAUAUCACAUCAUGGGAUCAACAACUAUGCCUACCCUAUCGGAACUAAAGGCGUGAUGUUUGUGUUAUCCCGAAAUCCAUAAGCCAGUUUGAUCCAGUGAAAGGUACAAACAAAUCCGCUGGUAGAAGCUAGUUAAUAAAUCGAUUUUCCACGAAUUGUUCAUAUUUAUUUAUAUAGUAUGAUGGGAUAAAAACACUUGACUCAUAAACCAUAUCUAAUACGGCGUCAAACUAUUGCUAAGCUUAAAAACAUACCUUAUUGCAUGAAUAUAAAUGAUAAUAUAGAUUAUCAAGAAAUGAUAAUUUUUUAUAAUACAAUAACCGGAUACUAUUAAGGUGUUACGAUCAAUCCCCAUGACGCCGCGUGGUAACAAUUCAUCGUGAUAUUAUGCUAAUUGGCUGCCAAUAUUCAAAAUUUUGCUGGUGUUGCCCGUAUAGCAACCGUACACAAGUUAGAAACCCGAAAUAGCGGCCCAUAAAAGUGUGUCGUGUUCCUAAAUCCGGUUCAGGCCGCCAUAAUUGUGUCGACUGUCGUGGGGUAAUCAUCUCUCGUAAGUUGACGUUCUAUUGGACCCCACUCCAUUCUAUUAGGUGAAGUGGGGACACAUAUCAGAUUUUUUAUAGAAAUGAAUGACUAUCCGCCACUUCCUUGAUGGUAAGCUAUUCGCCUGUCCAUGUACAGUAGCAAGACUGCCUCGUCGUUGUAGUUGUAAUGCCUACACAGAUGGAAGGAUGGCCAGCACAGUGGAAUAUCAAACAAUACUUUGUAAUUCAAGGUGUUGGAUGGUGUUUCUACUGUUUACGGGCGAUCCUAUCACUUACCAUCAGGCGAACGGCAAGCUCGUCUCGUCAUUCAAAGCAAAAAAUAAUGCGGCUUGAGUACGACUACCGCGCUGAGGUAUCGGAUUCGAAUCCCAGAUCGGGCUAAACAUAAUAGAGACUCGGUUUUUCCUUUUAAAAAAAAUAUUUAGUCACCGAAUCUAAAAUAACGGUAAUCAGUAUAUAGGUAAUUUAUUUUUAGUUUUUAGGAGUUUUUGAAGGCGGUUUAUUUUUGACCGUUUUGUGUAUUUAUUCUAGUAUAUUACCAUCUAAUUCCGCUAUUAUUAGUCAAAUUAAAUGACUGAUAUUUAGAAUAUAUGGCAAAUGUAUUCUAAUCAUAGGAGGUUUUGAAGAUACAUAAAAGAUUCUUAUAAAAAAUCGUAUACAUAAUUAAAUUUGUGUCGCCUCGCGUAUCCACAAUGAAAUCUGAGAAAAAAAUCACAGACUCAAUGUCUGCCCAUUCAAGGUCCCGCCAACGGUCAAUACAUUGUGUUUGGGCUAAGGAACUUGGCUGUUUUGCGUGUCUACUCACACUUAACACAUUAUGUGCCUUACCAUUACGGAAUACAGUUCAUUUUCGUUUAUAUCAGUUAAGAUUUAUAACCUAUCGACCCACGCUGUCGUUAGUACAAAUUAAUGCGGUAAUUGUUAUUGUAAGCACGAUUUUUGGUAGGAUUUUUGACAGAUAUUGUCAUUUUUUUUGUGACACCUUUGUUAAAAAACCGAUUACAAAAAAAUAUACACGAUAUAAAUAUAAGGCGUAAAAUAAAAUUUUGAAUUAGGGUUUUGGAAUGCGCGCAGUACGCACAACCGUACUGCAGUAAGAUACGGAUAAACUAAACCCUACACUUAUCAGUAUAGAAGGUGUGUGCCUAACAAUAGAAUAAUUAUACAAUUGCUAACAUAUAUAUUUUUUAUUUCAUUUAUUUGUGAUAAAAAUAUUGGGUUAUCGCAUUCAGCCAUGGGCCGUGACAUUUCAAAUGAAAGAGAAUUUUGUGAUGAUUCAUUCUUUAUCAUGAACUGAUAGGUCGGAAUUUGGACGAAUGCGUACGUUAAAUAUUGAACAUUGUGAGCCUUAACGUCUAUGUCUUAGGGUGACGAGUGCAGUGAAGUGUCAUGUAGUGCAUUGUAAUAUGGUAGUUAAGUAAUUAAAUAAAUAUAUCAAAAAUUUAUGUCAUCCAAAAUCUAAUGACUUUGAAAUUUGGUGGAAUGAGUUGUCAAAUAAUAGUAAUAACAAACUGUGACGUCACCGAGUGUCAUCGGCCGUAACGCUGCGUGCGUAGGAAAGAGAUAGCACAAGAACCCAACCAUGUCCCCGCUUUAACUCGACAAUAUUUUAAAUAUGAAUAACUUCUUUAUUAUUUAACCAAUAUUGACACUAAUUUUACAGACUUUUUUUCACAUUUGUUGAAUGUAAUUUUUAAUUUAGCACCUUUGAAGGCUUGCUCACACUUUGCCUUUUUAGGCUUUUUUUUUCUUCUACUCUGUGACAUCAUAGCAACCGCAUUACUUUGUAACAAAACAAAUUAAAUAGAGGAUAUUUUCAGUUUCGCUGUAUUUAAUUUAUCAAUAUUAUUCUCUGUUACAUAUAAAAUAAUGUUCAAAAUUAAAUAAAGCAAACUACACUAUUCUAAGUUCGGCGGGUGUGUCUGUUGGAAUGGUCUCGCUUAUCAUCAGACGAGCGGGUUGCUCGUAUUAUUAUUGAUUAAUUAAAAAAAUAUAUACUAUUUUGUAGCAUGCUUCCUUGCCAUACGUAUAUUCCAAGUUUGUUCCUUUAAAUAUUUUUUUUAUUGCUUUGAAUAACGAGACGAAAUUGUCAUUCGCCUGGUAAUGCGCGAUACGGCCGCCCAAAAACAAUAGAAACACCAUCCGACACCUUGAAUUACAAAAUAUUGUUUGGUAUUUCACUGCGCUCGCCAUCCUGAGACAUGAGAUGUUAAGUCUUAUUAUGUCCAGUAGUUACACUAGCUACGAUGUCCUUCAACCCGGAACACAACAGUGACGACACACUGCUGCUUGACGGCAGAAAUAGACAUUACAGUGGUACCUACCCAGGCGGACUCACAUAUGAGAAACUCACCACGAGUGAAUUCCUUACAUAUGUUUAAAAUAACAAAAUGUUUGUGGAACGCGUGCGCGGAAUAUACUGAUAAAAAAUUUGUGGAUGUUUAAAAAUGGAAUGAGUUUCUGUGGCAUAGCGGAUGCGACUGGUCGAAACAACACGGUUCAAUUCUGUUAUGACAAAUGUUUGACCUGUAAAUAUUAAAAGUCCACUUAAGGUAUAAUUGGGGUUAGGAUGUAUUUUAUAUCUGCCCGAAUAUCGACCUACACAAGGUGUUAAACCCAUAGUGGCCCAUGUGUGUCGCGUUCCGGGAUAAGCCAGUGCAUAUCCGGUUCCAACAGGCAUAAUUGUGUUGACUGACAAGGCGUAAUCAUCUCUCGUCAGUCGACGUUCUGAUGGACCCCACUCCACUUAUUAUCAGGCGCAGCGGGGACUAUUUGCAAUGGCCGUAUAAAAAAAUUCAGUCCUAGAUUUACUAGAACUUGACAAUAUGCUAAUAAUUACCCAGGCAAUGAUACGAGAAACAAACAACAUAGCAUCACGUCAAGAGCACCUCUUUCUCCUUCAUAUUGCUUUCUUUGUAAGUCUUUGUAAUAAAUAAUGAAUGAAUCCCUCCUAGUAGAAUUUCGGUAACGGAGAUCGGCCAAGUACACAGAAGAUAUUAUAGUGCACAAAUGUGCGCAAUACACAAGCACUCUCUGUUCCUUCACUCUCAUAGUACGGUGAGACGGCAACCCGACAUGAGCGGGGAGAGAUCACGCGCAUGACCAACGGCUUUACGUGCUUAAUAAAUAAUACAAUGUUAGUGUAAAUACAUCGUUAUAAAGUGUUAAGUUAUAAAAUUUAUUAACUCAUAAAAAAUAUAAAAAGUCAGUUAUUAUCGCGUAGUAUUACGUUUAUUUUACUAUUGUUAUUUUAUGUCCUCAUUAGGACGACUUUUCGCUCUAUCUUCCUCUUACACUUUCUUUAUCCCAUUUUUCUUAACUCAAUAAUUCACUUGACAUAUACAUGUCUGAAUUUUAAAUGCCAUUAAUUCUAUGGAAUCCAAUUUUUAUUCUGUUUUAAUUAUUAUAUCAUGCUUUAUUUCUUUAUUCUUAAUAAAAGUACACUUCAUACGACAUAAUAUGUGACUAAUAGAUUUGUGAAACGUCUUGUUUAUUGUAACAAAGUAUUGACGCGCGAUAUGUUAGUAAUACUUAAAAACUCUAGGCUUCAUGUUAAAUACUUAAAUUUUGAAAUAAAACUAUUUUUCUGAUUUUAUCCCGGUUUCUUACAUUAUUAUUUUCUCCCGACGUCUCGAAGACUGCAGCCAUAGUCACGGGGGGGCUGAAGUGUUGGUCGUGUAAAAGUCAGUUACAAUAUGAAUACAAAAUUGAAUAUUGCACAAUAAAAUGCGAGCGUUACAAAUGCUGUUUGAAAUACUAUUCUGUGUGCUUAGAAUGCCUAAAAAAAACAAGACUCCGUGUAGUUACACUGUGAUUGGUCGAGAGACUACCACGUGACUGACGCAUUGCUCUCUCGACCAAUCACAAACACCAAAUUUAAACAUCGAAUAACGAGUCGCGGUUUUAGGAACAUUCCAAAGAGGCUGUACUCUUUUAAAAACAGAACUAGUUCUUUGAGUAUAAUUAUCAUGUUUCAUGAAUAAUAAAUAUGCCAGUGUCUUGGACUUUACAUUUUUGAUAGUAUUAUGCUACACUAAAAAUAUAUAUAGAAGGGGAAAGGCUAAUUGACGUAAGCAACAUUUUUUUGCUACCCUAAUUUCAUUACAUAUUUAAAGUUAGCACUUUUUUCUAUGUUUUUUUAAACUAGGUAAAAUUUUCGAUAAAAUAUUCGCUUAAGCGAAUAGAACCAAUUAUUGAACAUCUGACUUAGACUACAUAGUUAGUGAAUGUUUAAAAUGUUAUUAAGUAGAUACAUUGUGCACGGUUACCAGUAUUAUGGGCAAGUAAAUACACUGCACUAUAUUACUAAAGUUUUAAGUGAUUGUUUUUGAUUUCUCAUAAUCUCAUCAUAGUUUGCAUUCUUGAUAAAUUACAAAAGUUUGAUGAAUUAUUCCAACUUAGGUUUACAAAGAAAAUAAACUUAAAUUUCUCAAUCGACGAUGCAGAAAUAAUACGUCACUGUAGAUCACGCGGUCUAAAGUCAAAACAAGUUAUUUAAAAAGGUCUAAUUAGUUUAUCGUGUAACCAAGUAAAUAGUUCUUGUCAUAGAUUAGGUGUACCAAAAAGGAGGUUAAAAUAACAAUUUAAAACACAUUAACUCGCUUCUAAUAAUUAAUAAUAUUUUUGACUCAUUCGUCAAGAGAUGUUGGGUUUUCUACUCAGUGUCAGCCCGGAAUCUGGAAUUUGUGCCUGAUAUGGCAAUGGGCUCGCCCCCUAUCACAUCAUGAGACGGAAUACACAAAGUAGGUGCCUUAGUUGCGUCUCUGCCAACCUUUCCGGGAUAGAAGCGUGUGUCACUCGUCAAUACAAAAAUAUCAAGGCGCAAUGUUUUUUAGAUAAUUGCUUAUAAUUACCUCGUUUCUGAAGUUUGAACUUUGAACUGAAUAAUCAGCUAAUUCUUCGGAUGUUCCUCAUUUUUAUGUUACUUACCUACGUGUUUUUAUAUUUUUAUAAUAACUAAUCACUUAAAUUAACUACGUUUUAAAGAUUAUCAGUAAAUUACAGUGUAUUUUAUGUGCCAGUUUCCAAGACAUUGUACCUAUAGAUUGUAUUAUAUCAUGGCUGUAGAAACAUAAAAAAGAGUUGCUUCUUUUAUAGUCUAAUUUAAUGCUUUUAAAAGGUGGAUAGCGCAGAUUUUGCUUAUUCUCUUUUAAAAAAAAAAUGAAAUAUAUUGCUCCCAAGAAUACACUUCUCGAAUCCAGAUCAUUUUUAUACGACUGGACAACAAAUCGGCUGGUUAAACCGUUAUAUUAUCAUCCACUUACCAUUCAUUAAAUAUGCGCUAUGAAUUAUGACCAAAUAUUCGAUCAGAGUAUUUUUUUUGAAAAUUUCGCGACAACUGCUUAUUAUGGGCGAAGUUCACAUCUAAAGUUAACAUUAAUAGUACAAAAAGAUAUAUAAAAUGCUAUAUACUGAUUAUAAAUCGAUGGUGAAAAUGAUACUUAUAAAAUAUUUUUAACCAAACCUAAAUUCUAAAUAUGACAAAUAUAUUUAAAAAUGUAAUAUUAAUAAUAGUUUUGUCACUUUCUUCCUUACAUUAAAUGUUUAAGGAAUGAAAGAGAAGAAACAAUAUUUCAAACGUGUAUUUAGCAAAGAGAUGUAUUACUUACCAAAUCUAAUCCAUUUUAAUGACUUAGCACUAUUUAUUUGUUGUAGUCUUAAAAGACAAUUGAGAAUUGUAUAUUUUACGCGAAUAAAAAAAGUUUUUUUUAUUUAAACAAGGUGUGAAUAAAAAAAAAUUUGGAAAAAAAAUCCGUACAAUAGACAAUUCUUCAAUACUUUUGUUCGGUCUUAUAUUUGUAACAAUUUAGUCCAUAUUUACAUUGUAAAAAUAGGAGAAAAAGCUUGUAAAGUGUAUGAAAAAUGUGUGAUAUUGUUAACUUUAUCAGUCUUACUUAUAAACGUAUUUUAGCAUUAAAGAUGGUUAAGAAUUGCUUAAAUAGCUGUCAAAAACAUCAGCGGUUUCCUAGUUUAAACCUUAUUAAAAGGCAAGAUGGCGGGUUUUAACUUACAGCUGAUCGAGGAAAUUUGUGUUUGAACUAAACAUAGCUUUUUUAUUUUUAUAAGUAAGACUGUAUAUAUUGCAGUCGUGAAGCUUAACUGUCGUUAAUGUAAAUAAAAGUUUGUGAAACGUGCCUUUAAUUUUUGUAAAUAUACGACUUAUGUAGUUUUAUUUGUUAUGAAUGGAUACUGCGUUAACUACCGAUUUCUAUGAACGAUCGCAAUCGAUUUUUCGAUCCAUUGAUAAUGUACCAAUCAGAACUAGUACAAGUUUAGCUGGUGGUAGAAUAUAUUAUAUCCACCCGGAUAGCGACCACCGUACGCAAGGUUUUAAAACCCACCAUAGUGGCCCACGUAAGUGUGCCGCGUUCCGGGGUCAGCCUGUGUAUAUCCGGUUCCAACAGGCCGGCAUAAUUGUGUCGACUGUCGAGGGGUAAUCAUCUCUCGUCAGUCGACAUUCUAUUGGACCCCACUCCACUUACCAUCAGGUGCAGUGAGGUCACAUUGCCAUGGCCGUACGAAAAAGGAUUUUAAACAUGCUUACACUUACUUAUUUUGAUUGGUUUUGGAUCGAAAGUUUGAGAUCGUUUGUUGAAAAUGGCCGUAGAUUGUGAACCAACAUUUGAUCCAAGUGUGGAUGUUAAUUUUAAGCUGAUAUGUAUACAAGAACACUUUAUAGUAAGGACUUGUACGGAGUCAAAAAUAUGCGGGUUAUUUUUAGUAUUUAUUAUUAAUAAUCAAUAAAUUAUUCCCUUAGCAACUACAUAACCGGCCCAAGACGUAAGACAUAAAUAUAACUUGUUAUACGGAGUAUUAAAAAUAAUGUAAGAAAUCCCCAAAAUCGGAUCAUUGACAUUCUGAAGAGCAAGAAUCGUGCGGCCUUCUGUGCUCAAUACACGUGGCAAUGUGCCAAGAUGUGGCCCAUUCGAAUUGCCUUCAAUCUAAUUAUAUUGCUAUGGGUAGACGAAAAUACGUCCAUAAUACUAGGGCUUUUCUUUGAAUUCUUUUUUUUUUUAGAGAUUAGAAGUCAUGCAAAUAAUCUUAGUUUCUUAAUGUAUAAAUUUGUUAUAGCGCCAUCUCGCGGUGUUUACUUGAACUUAAGUUAUACGUAAUUUGAAAUGUGAAUUGUAAUUAUGUGACUGUUAAAGUAAAAUAAUUUAAUUAUUAUUAUUAAAAUAGAAUAUAUGCGUAUCUGUGAUGUCAGAGUUAAGCUAAUAAUGUAUUUUAGUAGCAAUUAGUGUAUUUAUAAUUCACUAUUCAUUAGGGAUUCUUCCCAUUUAUUAUCAGCCACAGCACACAAGUAGCCCACUGCUGUGCAACGCUCUUCUCUAAAGAGAAUAAACUACUAAAAAUAGGUGAUUUGUAAGAACACCAUAUCAGCCACAGGUAGUCCACUGGUGUACAACGGCCUCCUGUAAAGAGUAUAAACUAAUCAAAAUAAUUAAUUUGUAAAAAUGACAAAAAAUCCUUUAUUCUGAUUGGUCCGAUUUUUGCGAUGUAUCAAAAAAAGUAUUGCGUUCGUUUAGUUUUGAUACUUGUUAUUAGUUGUAUAAUGUUUUUUUUUUCUUCUUUCUUGACGGUAAGACGAAAAUGAUUAUGUUUAAUACAUUGAUUGCUACUGAAACUUCAAGUUUAAACACUAUUGUAAUUAUUAUGUCAAUUUCGUUUUUGUUUAAAUUAGUUUGGAGAACAAAUAUGCCAUUUUACGAAUUUGUUAAUAAAGUCCAGAUAUUUAAAAAUAAAUGUUAUUGAAAA